AUAUCUAAGGAAAGUGAAAAAUGAGAACUCAUUUCCCACAGCUGCGUUCUUUGACGUCUGAUUUUGGGAUGUGGGUAGCGUUUCUGGUGUAUGUUUCUUUCGUUGUUUGGGUUCCUUAUUGUCCUUUUCAUUAUUUGCGUUGAAUUAUCUUUGUUUCUCAAAGGCUUCUGUGUUGUCGCCGCUCUCUGCUGCGACUUGCAAGUUCCUAGUAACUCGGUUUUGUUGGGUUGUUGUAAGGUGAAGGGUGAAGGGUGAAGGGUGAAGGGUGAAGGGUGAAGGGGGGAUCGUAAUGGGGCUCGACAAACGAGGUUGAAAAGGGGUUCUUUUCCUUUGAUUUCUGCGUAACUUAUUUGUCAUUCCACGUUCCAUCAUUUCAACAGAGAGCGAGAUGUCGGUUCUAUUAUGCUGUCAACUGUCAUUUCAUUCACCCAGACCACUUGCCUUGUUAGAUCUUUGCCAUUUUUCCUUCCAUACUUCCAUUAUCCAACCCCCCUUUUGAAAUGCUUUAUAUAAGUUAAAAGUCUCUACUCUUCCCCGAGUCCUUUGCCUUCCGUUUCCUUGUCCUUUUCGUCAAAAUGAGAAUUUUAAGUCACGGUUUCAUAUCUUGCCGGAGACCAUGCUAUUUUUCCCUUCUUUUUCUUCUGAUUUUAAGCUCAACGCAAGUGAGAGACAAAGUUGAAGGUAGAUCAAACCCCAAAUCCAAUAGCUUCUCCAAGAUGGUAAAUGAAGAAAAACCGAUAUUGAGAGCUCAGAUAGGUUCAAGGCCGCCAAGGUGUGAGAGAAGAUGCAGUUCAUGCGGGCACUGUGAAGCCAUUCUAGUGCCCACAAAUCCCCAAGCCAAACACGGCAACAAGAAUUCUUCAACAUUAAUCUCAAAUGCUGCCUAUGCAAGAGGAGAUGGCAGCUCCAACUACAAGCCCAUUAGUUGGAAAUGCAAAUGUGGGAACUUCAUCUUCAACCCCUGAUGGAACUGAAUUUUAACUUCUUGAAUAGCCAUUUUUGAACCAUGUAAAUCACUGUAAGAGAAUCAUUAGUAACCCUUUUUUUCCUUUUUGAUUUCCAUGAUCAUGUAUUCAUGUCAGUUAAUUAGUCUUGUUCAUCA